UCGGCGUUCUUGGCUGUCGGGCUGGGGUUAUGAGUCCCGGUCCCGAGCGAGCGGAGCGGUGCUUUCCAUCCCUUGUAUCUCUUUGAGGAAGCGUCUAUUAUUGCCUCUUAACGUGCCAGAUACAGUUAUACCAGCUCCAGUGAGUCCCACCGCGAUGUCAGAACGGAAACUCCUCAUUCUCUUUGGUAGCCAGACAGGGACAGCUCAAGAUGCAGCUGAGAGAAUCAGCAGAGAAGCCAAGCGGCGCCACUUCUGCUGUAGGGUGGAAGCCCUGGACAAUUACAGUGUGGCAAACCUCAUCACUGAGACAUUAGUGGUAUUUGUGUGUGCAACGACAGGCCAAGGGGACCCGCCUGACAACAUGAUGAAUUUUUGGCGAUUUAUAUUCCGCAAGAACCUGCCCCCCAGCUCCCUGUGCCAAAUGGACUAUGCAGUGCUGGGCCUUGGAGACUCCUCCUAUCCCAAGUUUAAUUUUGUUGCCAAGAAACUGCACAAGCGUUUGCUCCAGCUGGGUGGCAACCCCCUUCUGCCAGUGGCUUUGGGAGAUGACCAGCAUGACUUGGGACCAGAUGCAGUGAUUGAUCCAUGGCUUCUGGACUUAUGGGAAAAGGUCCUGGCUUUGUACCCUCUUCCUCCUGGCCUUGGCAUCAUCAGCCCUGAUGUCCUGCUUCCCCCAAGGUAUGCUCUGCAUUUCCUGGAUGAGAAUGCUGACGAUGGAGACCAGCCCCAGCAGGAGGCAGCCAGAGACACCCCCUCGGAGCUGCACCCCUUUGCUGCCCUGAUGGUGUGCAAUCAGAGGGUCACUGCGGAGUCGCACUUCCAGGAUGUCCGGCUGAUCGAGUUUGAUAUUACUGGCUCGGGAAUGGAGUACAGCGCAGGAGAUGUGGUGAUGAUCCAGCCCCGGAACUCUCCUGAGGAUGUGCAGCAGUUCUGCCAGCUGCUUCGCCUGGAUCCAGACAGACGCUUUGUGCUGAAGCCCUCUGAGCCUGACAUGGCCCUUCCUGCCCACUUACCCCAGCCCUGCACCAUCCGGCAUCUGGUCACCCAUUACCUGGAUAUUUCUUGUGUCCCUCGUCGCUCCUUCUUCGAGCUUUUGUCCUAUUUGUCACCAGAUGAAUUGGAGCAGGAAAAGCUGCAGGAAUUUAGCUCUGCGCAAGGUCAGGAGGAGCUGUACAGUUACUGCAACCGGCCUCGCAGGACUACCCUCGAGGCCCUGUGGGAUUUCCCUCAUACCACCUGUGUCAUCCCACCCGCAUACCUGCUGGACCUCAUCCCUCGGAUCAGGCCCCGGGCCUUUUCCAUUGCCUCCUCCUUGUUGGCUCACCCCAACAGGAUCCAGAUUCUCAUGGCUGUGGUGCAGUACAAGACACGCCUUAGCAAGCCACGACGGGGCCUGUGCUCCACCUGGCUGGCAUCCCUCAGGCCUCAGCAUGGUGAUGUCUGGGUGCCUCUCUGGGUAAAGAAAGGAGGAAUGAAGUUCCCUGCCAAGCCAGAUACCCCCGUGAUCAUGAUUGGCCCUGGCACAGGAGUGGCACCUUUCAGAGCAGCUGUCCAGGAGCGUGUUGCUCAGGGCAGGAAAGGGAACUGUUUAUUUUUUGGCUGCCGCCAGAAAUCCAAGGACUUCUACUGCCAGGCUGAAUGGGAGGAGCUGGUGAAAAAGGGCUUCCUGACUGUCUUUACAGCCUUCUCCAGGGACCAGGAGGACAAGGUUUAUGUCCAGCACCGAAUCAGAGAAAACAAAGGGCUGGUGUGGGAUCUGCUGAGCCGUGACAAUGCUCACAUCUACGUGGCUGGGAAUGCCAAGGAGAUGCCGGCCGGCGUGGCAGAGGCCCUAAAAACAGUGUUCCACCUGGAAGGAGGCCUGUCUUCUUCAGAAGCUGAGGAGUACCUUGCAGCCUUAGAGCGAUCCCAUCGCUUCCAGUCAGAAACCUGGUCAUAAUCCCAGCCCCGAGCUGGGCCUGCUGUUCUCUCCACAGCUGAGUGCAUGUAAGCACAGAGGAGCGAGCCUGCAGGAAUCAUGUCUAAUAAACCCCCAGGCACCUGACUUCAACCUCAGUAUAAGGGUGUCUCAGUCAGCAUGGCUGCCCUGCUGGUGAUGGGCUUCGGCCUGGCGGCUGUUAAGUUUCCCCAAGCCAGGCCUUGCAAUUUUGGCUGCAGCUAACCCUUGUCUUUCAUAGCUGUCUGGAGUGUGAUGGACACUCACUGUCCUUACCAAAUUCACUUCUAUUCUUGCCUGUUGUCCUCUGGGGUUGUGAACACCACCUCCUUAGUAUGGACCAAGACCCCAGACUCAGCUCUUCUGUGGCCUAAGGUACUAGAUGGACACAACCUGCUGCCCCUGGAGCCAGGGUUCUAGGGUACAUGUGAUCUAGGCGCAAUUCCUAGGUAGAGCACAUGGAACAACAGCUAUGGGUUGGGAGGUUGCGAGUAUGUUUCCCUUGAUCCCUUGCCCACAAGUAUGGAGGAGUUCCGUUAUUCCCACUCUGUGCAGGUCAGAGAGUUCAACUGUGACUUGCUUCAGGCCCAAGCGGGUGCGUGGCAAAGUCAUGAAUAAACCAGGUCUCUGAA